AAUACGCACAGACACUUGCCCCAAGAGUCUCCCUAACUACAUAAUAAAACAACAGCAGCUACAAUCCAAACAACAUGUCGAGCGGAGGAUGCAAGGUCUGGGCCGACUGCAGCUGUGGGUCGUCGUGCUCUUGCGGUGACGCAUGCACGUGCGGAUCCGUGAAGCAGACCAAGUCCGCGACUUCUCGCAGCGCCGGCGACUGCCCCUGCGGGGACAACUGCAACUGCGGAUCCUCGUGCAAGUGCACCUCGGGAGGAACCUGCGGCUGCGGCUGCAAGUAGUAACCGCGAUGCUUUCCUGAACGGACGGGUGCUUCACUUCGAACAGAAACUCCUAUAACGUCCGGGUUAGUUGUAAGAAAAACUUGGACGCUCGGGGUCUGACCCUAACCUAAAACCCUACCUCUCAUACGCUGGUGGUGCUUCAUAUGGACCAGAAGUUGGCGGCGAUUGAGCGACUACGUGUUGGAUGCUAUCGUGGGCGGGUGUCUUAUUUGUACUGGAAAAAAUGAACAGCCCUGUAGACAUUAGAAGUAGGUGGUAGGAGGGGCUGAGGGGGUUCCGCAGUCGGAACCCGUGGCAUUAUCAGACACCGAAUGGGCAUUUCGGGGGGUGGAAACGCACGACAAAACGAGGCUAUAUUUCGAUGUAGUUAUAGAAGGGACCCGCUUGUGUGGAUCCGCUUCGGUUAUUCGUCGCGCGCUUGUGCGUGUGGGUUGUGUAGAGAAGGGGGGGGCAUUCCGAUGCGUCCAUAUCCGCAUGCGGGGACUGGGGAUCGGGGCUCACCAUGUUUGUCAAAUGCACCCCCUGUGCACAGCCCCGUUUUUAUGUGAACAAAGGAAGGACUAUGUACCGUUGUGGAUGUAAUCGACGUUUGGCAAGGAGAAGGAGGAAAAGUUCAUUUGAUUAUUCCAAGAAAUAGUCCAAGGGCGGGCGAGGUAUAUGAGAGCAAGCAACGGGGUAGAGUGAGCAAAGGCCUGUUCAAACCCUUGCGGUCUUGUCCUUUGCUCAAAGUGUCGUGCGUUGUGCGCAGCUUAGUCUUCAACAACGCUACAAUAGUUUGUCGAUCACAUUGGUGGGAGUGGGUGCGAGUAGAAAUUGUGCUGCCUACACCACCACCGGGCGCCCCGGUGGUCUAGUGGCUAGCCUCGUAAAGCUACUAAUAGAAGAAGCUUCACUUCAGUUCGAUUCUCCCUGUCGUGAAAAAAUAACACGUUUUGAUGUUUGCGGUGUAAAACGAUCUUCUUCUUGUAAAUCGUGGGAACGAGCUGCUUCGGUUGAAGUAUCGUUCUGCAAGAGGAGAUUUGUUUGGCUCACGGACGAAGACCCCGGUCGGCAGAGCGACCAGACGCAACGGGGAAAGACCGGCAUUGUCGCGAACGUCGUAAAUGGCGAACUCACGAUUGAUGAACGCCGACCAUGGAAUGUAGCACUGUUUGCACGAACGGUGGCACGUAGUUCGCGUUCUUCUCGCCUAUUCUGGCACCACUACACACCUUUCGGUGCAUGUGUGUUUGACGUACCAGGCGGGUUCAAACAGAAGAUCCCUUAGCAGUGUUUCUUAUUCGUUUCUAUGGGUUCCAACAGCAAAACGAGGACAACAUGUAUGCAUAGUAUGUCUUGUUGUCUUUUC